AUGCCAGGAAAAAAGGGGGACUCAAAGUCAGCCGCGAAAAAAGGAGGGAAAGCAGAGCCAGAAAAAAGCAAAGGCAAAGAAGAAGAAAAAAAAGGGAAGGAUGACAAAAAGGGUGCUAAAGAUGACCAAAAGGGAGGAAAGGAUGAUAAGAAAAAAGGAAAAGAAGACCCCAAAGGUAAAGGAAAAGAUGAUGGAAAAAAAGGAAAGGACAAAGGAAAGGGGGCGGCGAAGGUGGUUAGUGAGUCAGAAGAGGUGUCAGAUGCAGAGCCCAUUGAGGAUGAUGAAGAGGAAAGUGAUGAAGAAUCAGAUGGGGAUGCACACAAGCGUGGACAUGGAAAGGCUGCCGCUAAAGGCAAAGCUGCAAAGGGAAAGUCCAAAUCCAAACAUGCUGCAUCAGAUGAGGAUGAAGAUGAAGAAGAUGAAGAGGAUGAGGAAGAUGAGGAAAUUGAAGAAAGUGAAGAUGACAGGAAAGGAAAAAAGAAAUCAAAAGAUGCACAUAAAUCCAAAUCUAAAUCUGAGGGAGAAGGAACAAAGAAAAAGGCAAAAAAGAAGGACGAGGUUCCACCCGAGGCAGCACCAGAACCUACAAAGAAACUAUUUGGCUUCCCAGGAAUUGGGAAGAGCUCAAAGAAGCGACUACAAAGUACAUCUAGAUUAUUUUUAGGUCUUGGAAAGCAAAAAAGUUUUGUGGUGAGAAAAAAGAGAAGGAAGUCUGUUUUGAAGAAUGCCCCGAGGCUUCUGAUGCGCUUCAAAGCCAGUAAGAAAAAGAAAAAAGAGAAGGAACAAAAUGACCAGUUGGGACGCAAACCAUCCUACAUGUUACUUAAAAUCGGUGGCAACAAACCAGCAGAGAAGAAAUCAGGGUUGUUCAAAGGACUUUUUGGAAAAAAGAACGCUGAUGAUGGGUCAAAUUUUAAAAACCAAAGUCUGAUAUUGGGUAAAGUUGCUGGAGCAACAAACUGGCUAACUAAAAAAUUCCUCUCAACAAAAUUAAAACAAAGACCAUUUGACAGAAAUCACGGCCGCUGGGGAAAGUCAAGUAAGAAACGGUUUCCUGGUGGAAGUCGACAAACAAGCGUGCGAGGACCUGACGGGCAUCACAACUAUGCAUAUGAACAUGAUUUUGAUGACUAUGACUACAAUAACCAGGGUAGAAUGAGAACUGGUGCAUUUAACAGACAGUCAUUUCAGAGAAACCCAAAUUGGUAUGAAGAUCCUGUUGACUUCUAUGAAGCACAGUCACAUGAUCAAGGCUAUUAUGAAUUUGAUGAAUACUACAACCCACACAUGGACAUACAUGAUGGAGGAGAGUAUUAUGACAACGGCAUGGGAUACAAUAACACAUAUUCUGCACAACAUCAAAUGGGCUACUACCCAGAGGAGAUGGAGUACUAUGACCCACGUGUCCCCAUGGAUACAUACUACAAUGACAAUAUGGGAUACUAUGAUGAGAACCAAUAUUUAAUGGAGGAUGGUUAUGAAAAUUAUGAAGAUGAAAUUGAGUUUUAUGACCAACCUCAGUUUGAUUACUAUGAUGACCAUCAGGAAUUCUAUGACAAUCCAUAUGGUGAAGUUGGAGUAGCUGAUCCAUACAUGACUUCAUAUGGAGCUUAUGAAGAUCCAUAUCUCCAGGAUUACCAUCUUAAUUACAGUGAAUCAGGGGUUAACCCAUAUCUUGAAUCUUCCUAUAAUAUGUACCAGCCAUAUAGUUAUACAAUGCAUAAUGUCAUGGAGGGUGAUGAGUUUAAUGAUGUUUCUGCUGACCAAAUGGAUCAUGAAGACAUGUUCAGAGUUCCAAGGCCUCAACCCUCUAUACAGAGAAGGCAGAGCCCCUCUCCACAGCCCUCCAUACGUGGACUUGGAGUUAGGGAUAUGCCUCCAUCUCCACUAAGAGGGAUGUCAUCUCCACAUAUUCAACGCCCAUCUUCUCCAUUUGGAGAGAGAAAAGUCAGCCCUCCUGCUUCUCCAGCAGCCUUUAAUCAUUUCCAGCCUCAGGCCUCAUUCAUAGAAGCCAGGUCUUCCCCUAUUCCUAUGGCCCAGCAGAUGCCUAAUCGAUUGUCCUCAUUUCAUACAGGCUCUCCAACUUCUGCUUAUGGUUCCAUUCGCAAGCAAGGCCCCCCCAAUUUUCCCUCUGCCUCAAUAAGAAGACCCAGCCCAGUUUCAUCCCCAUCAAUAACUCAUCAUCCUUUUGGUGCAAGGAAGCUUCAAGGUUCCACAUCUCCUCCUAGGCAAAUGAGUCCUCCAACUACUCCUCAAAUGAGCAGGCAUCCUUUGGGAAGUGUUCAGCAGAUGGACUCCAAUAGGCCACGAUCCCCAUUCUCACCAAACAGACGAUCACCUACACCUUCACGGAGAAGUUUUGCAAUUGGUUCAGAAUCACCACAGCCUCCAUCUUCAAGAUCUCCAUCACCCAGCUUCUCCCGAAGAUCUACCCGUCUUAUGAGGAACCCACCCUCAUUCGGAUCACCUGGUGGUCAACUGCGAGGAAUGGGGCGUCCAAACAUUCCCAUGGGAACAGUAAAACCCUCUCUAGGUCAAAUGGGUCGUUUCGGUGCUUCAACCAAAAACAUGUCACCUUCCAGAGCAUCUAUACAUAGCAACAGAUCGUUCAUGGCUCAGGACGUCAGAGCGUCCCCAAAGCUUCCAGGUCAAAACCCAGGGAUGGUCAUAAUGGGCCAAAGGCACUUCAUUCCACCAGGACGAACAGGUUUCACACAGAAUACACAAAGACCUGUUGGUCUUGGCCGUCCUUUGAUGGCAAGGCAGUCUCUGAGGCGAGGACCCCCAUCACCACAACCUUCUCUGAAACACAUUGGUCCUAUAUCACCCCAACCUUCCAUUAGGCAUUUGUCUAGGCCAACUUCCCCUCACCCCUCUAUCAAUCGUGGCUCACCAUUACCAAAGCGAACUCCUUCCCCUCGCACACCAUCCAUACCUUUUGUAUCAAGUCCUUUUCAAAAUGUUCAGAUGUCCGGAGCAUCUCCCUACACUACAGCAGACUUUGAUCAAAUAACAAAUGUGCCUCAAUCACCCAAAUUGACCAGGGCUUUACAAAAUCAGAUUAUUUCUAACGCCUCUUAUAGAUCACCCUUUCAGCAUCCUAUGCAACCUAAUGCCUCAGAAGUCAUUGGUAUAGAGCAGUAUCCUGAACAACGAUCACCCCAAUUAUUACAUGAAUUACAAAAUCCAAAUUUGCGUAACAAUCAUCUUAUGCCAACUUAUACCUCUGUACCUCAAGUUGCACCAGUACAGCAGUCCUCUGAGAGACUAGCAUUGCCUGUUAUAUCAAACGCUUUGCAAAAUACCCAGGUCGGUGGAGUACCUUUCAUCUCACCACUGCAAAGACCAGGCUCUCCAUUAGCUCCUGAAGUUACACAUCUUCCUAGUUCACCAUCAUUACUGCCAUCAAUGCCAUCCUAUGGUCAUGAAACAGAAAUGCUUAGACAGGGUCCAGGUCAGCCUGCAAAUCCAUCACUUUCCAGUGCAAUUCAAAAUCCUUACCUUCAUAAUGCUUCAUACAAAUCAGUUCUACAAAUGCCUGCCUCCCCCUACUCACCAGUUAUGUCACAAUAUGAUUAUAUAGAGGAGCCAGGCCCUGGCCCCCUCCUCACCAAUGCUCUUCAAAAUCCCAAUGUCCGAAAUGCUACUUACAGAACACAUUUACAAAGGAGAGGAUCAAGACAUGCUGCUAGCCCAAGGAGAUCACCAAUUCUCUCAAAUGCUCUACAUAACCAACAAAUACGGAAAGCUUCUUACCAAACACAAAUGUCUUAUCCAAGCAAAACCUACGGCUAUGUUCCCAUGAACGGUUAUACCCAGGGCCCUGUUCUGUCAGAUGCACUGCAUAAUACUCAGGUUCGGGGUGCAGCCUACAAUCUGCCAGGUGGCACACUGGUACAUGGCAAUCAAAUGGUGGCUCCAGGUACCUCUCCAAUGCUUACUAAUGCCUUACAAAAUCGUCAGGUUCGGACUGCUUCCUACAGACUUUCAGAUGGGACCCUAAUAAAUGUGGAACCCUACCAACAACAACCCUUGUCUCCAAACAUCUCAAAUGCCUUAGGUAACACAAACCUCAGAUAUGCCUCUUAUAGACUACCAGAUGGAACUAUAAUCACCACAGAUUCAUCUCAAGAACAGCAGCAACAACAUUCUUCUCCAAAUCUUACCAGUGCUUUGCAGAAUCCAAACCUUAAAAAUGCUUCCUACAGACUUCCAGACAAUUCAGUUAUGUCAGAAUACCACCAGAAGCAAGUAUCUCCAAAUCUGUCCCGUGCCCUUAGAAACAAUAGCAUUCGAAAUGCAUCCUAUAGGCUGCCAGAUGGAACAGUUAUUUUUACAGAGCAACAAGUGGAACCAACUUCACCAGCCCUGUCAAAUGCACUUCGGAACCCAAUUAUUCGAAAUGCAUCUUAUAGAUUAGGUGAUGGCACAAUUAUUGUUCCUGAUUAUAAUCAGUCAAAAUCUACCUCCCCAAAUUUAGCGCAUGCACUUCAGAACACUCAGAUGCGGAAUGCUAGUUACAGAUUGCCAGAUGGAUCUAUUAUAACCACACAACUUUCUACACCUUCCCCUAAUUUGUCAAGUGCUCUGCAGAAUCCAAACAUGCGUCAUGCUAACUUUCGGCUACCUGAUGGCAAUAUAAUCAGUGCUAAUCCGGUUCAUUCACCUAACCUGGCCAGUGCCCUCAAAAAUGCACACAUCAAAAAGGCCUCCUUUAGGCUUCCAGAUGAAUCUGUUUUUUUAAGUGCUACACCAACCAGUCCAAAACUGGCAGAGGCCUUGAAAAAUGCAAGCCUUCGCAAAGCCUCAUACCGACUACCAGACAAUUCUCUUAUCUCAUUGAAUCCUCCGACAAGCAAUCCAAAACUUUCACAAGCCAUUUUAAACAAAAAUCUCCGUAACGUUAUGUACCGUUUACCCGAUGAAUCCAUUCUCAGACAAGGUUUUGCAGUUUCAUCAUCACCUCAAUUGAAGGAUGCUCUAAAAAACACUGGCAUAAAGAAUGCCUCCUACCAACUGCCUUCAGCACUAUCUACUGUUACAGCAUCAGGAUUGAUUAUUGGGCCGGAUGGCAGGUAUGCAAUUGUGUCCCCACAAAGAAAAGGUCCUGAAGAACACUGGGCUAUGAAUGCCAGGGAUAGACAAAGUUCAGAGGAUGUGUGGGCUGCAGAGAGGGUUUUACCUCAUGGAACUGUACAGAAUCUUACCAAGUGGUCCAUGUACCGGGAUGAAAACAUGAUAGAUCACCUUUCUCUACCACCUCUCGGUGUUGGGUCCAGGGAAGGUGAGGUACAGUGGGUACCAGAUCGGGAUGGGGAGCCCACAGGUCAAUGGUAUGAUAAGAUGUAUUCUAUAAGAAGUCUGCCUACCAUGAGUUACAGAGAGAAACAAGAAGCCGACGGACUUGAGGACAUGACACAGUUGGAGGAAUUAACAGAGGCAGCUGUUUUAAUGAACCUGAACACUCGAUUUGAACGGGAGCUCAUAUACACUUAUAUCGGCUGCAUUCUGCUGUCAGUGAAUCCUUACAAGUUAUUGAACAUCUAUGGGACAGACACGGUCCUGCAGUAUAACGGCCAUGGCUUAGGAGAAAACCCACCUCACCUUUUUGCAAUUGCGAAUCUUGCCUACACAACAAUGAUGGAUGUCAAGCAGAACCAGUGCAUCAUCAUCAGUGGAGAAAGUGGAUCAGGAAAAACUGAAGCCACCAAACUGGUCCUGAGAUACCUGACUGCCAUUCACCAUGAGCGGAACGUAACACAGCAGAUUGAGAUCCUGGAAGCAACUCCGCUGCUGGAAUCUUUUGGAAAUGCCAAAACGGUGCGGAACGACAACUCCAGUCGCUUUGGGAAGUUUGUCGAGAUCUUUCUGGAGGAAGGAGUGAUCAGCGGUGCCAUAACCUCACAGUAUCUACUGGAGAAGUCCAGGAUUGUGUUUCAGGCAAAAAAUGAAAGGAACUACCACAUUUUUUACGAGAUGUUGGCCGGACUCCCUGUUCACCAGAAACGUGUCUUCUACCUGCAGGAGGCCGAAACCUACUACUACCUGAACCAAGGUGGUGACUGUGAGAUCGACGGGAAGGACGAUGGCGAGGACUUCAGGAGGUUACAGAGUGCCAUGGACAUUCUCCACUUCAGCCCUGAGGACCAGAGCAGUGUGUUCCGAGUGCUCUCAUCCAUCCUCCAUCUGGGCAACAUCUUCUUUCACAGAUUUGAGGCUGAGGUGCAUGAAACGACCAGCGUUGUAAGUGCUCAGGAGAUCCGUGUGGUGGCCGAACUGCUCCAGAUUUCUCCAGAAGGUCUGCAGAAGGCCAUCACCUAUAAAGUGACUGAAGCAAUGAAAGAGAAAAUAUACACUCCCCUGACUGUAGAGAGCGCUGUGGAUGCCAGAGAUGCCGUUGCCAAGAUCCUCUAUUCCCUGCUCUUUCAUUGGUUGACGGAACGGAUCAACAGUCGUGUUUACCCGAGAAACGAGGCUCUGUCCAUAUCUAUACUGGACAUCUAUGGAUUCGAGGAGUUAGCAUUUAACAGUUUCGAGCAGCUCUGCAUCAACUAUGCUAAUGAGGCUCUUCAGUUCUUCUUCACAAAAAUCAUUCUAAAGCAAGAGCAGGAGGAAUACAUCCGAGAGCAAAUCAGCUGGACAGAAGUGGCCUUCACGGACAACAAGGCGUGCAUUGACCUCAUCGCUGCUAAGCCUCAUGGGAUACUCCGCAUUCUCGAUGACCAGAGCUGCUUUCCUCAGGCCACUGACCACACGUUCCUUCAGAAGUGCCACUAUCAUCAUGGAGAAAAUCCACUUUACUCCAGGCCAAAAAUGCCACUGCCAGAAUUCACCAUCAAGCACUAUGCAGGACGCGUAACGUAUCAGGUCCAGAAAUUCCUGGAUAAGAAUUACGAUCAGGUUCGACAAGAGGUGCUGGAGCUGUUUAUGCAGAGCCACAGCCGGGUGGUUUCAAAUCUUUUUCUAAAGUAUAGCGAGAUGCUAAAUCAGCUGAAAAAGGGAACAAGGAGAGACAGCACAGUUACUCGAAGAUAUCAGCCAUCUACUGUAGCUGCCAAGUUCCAGCAUUCUCUACAGGACCUUCUGGACAAGAUGGAGAGGUGUAACCCAUUAUUCGUGCGCUGCAUCAAGCCAAAUAAUAACAAGGAAUCGGGGAUAUUCGAGCCAGAACUGGUGGCAACCCAGCUCAGAUACUCAGGAAUUAUGGACACCAUCCUCAUCAGAAAGGAAGGCUAUCCGGUCCGAAUGACGUUCCAUAAAUUCUUAAACAGGUACAAAGCACUGUUGGGAUUGAAGAAAAGCCCUCCUCCGGACGGAGACAACUGUGUCAUCAUGCUAACAAAGCUGUGUCCAAUCAGGAAAGGAGAUUACCAUGUGGGCGUGUCCAAGCUCUUUCUAAAGGAAAGCGUGUAUCAGCUGUUAGAAAGUAAGCGAGAUCGCGUAAGGCACCUGGCAGCACUGACGAUCCAGCAAUACACUCGGACGUAUUUCACACGGAAAAACUUCGCCAAGUUCCGCCAGGUCAUGAUCAAACUGCAGGCCAGGUGCCGAGGCUACCUCGUGAGGCGACUUCUCCUACAGAAACGUUCGAUCCUCAUCAGGUUUCGUUCACCGGUUCAGCUCAUCGUCAACCGUAGACGCUACAUCAGGGAUAACGUCCUCAUGGUCAGGAUGGCAGAAGAGGCGAGGAUCAGUCGAGAGGUGAUUAACGUGUCCCAGUUGAUCAUUCCUGCUGAACUGGGAGAGCUGCUGCAGGCUACAGCAGAUGGUAAAGAGAUACAUUCUGAGUGUUUGGCUCUGGUUGAAGCUCUCAGAGUCCAGGUUUAUCCUCAACUCACACUCCCUCUGGAUAUCAACAACUAUUUAAUGACUAAAUACAUUCGUUCCAACUUCAGGGAGCUGCAGUUUGGAAUGAUUACCACACCGCUGCAAGCUUCUCUGACUCGUCUGGAAGAUGAACUAAAACAGGACGCACUCGACAUCUUUUUACUGAUUUUGCGUUUCAUGGGCGACCCGAACUUGAACGGUGCUCAAGAGAAUCUGUUCGGAAAUUACAUCAUCCAGCGGGGUUUGGCUACUCCACCAAUCAGAGAUGAGAUUUUGGCUCAGGUGGCCAAUCAGGUGUGGAGGAACGAAUACCUGCGUAACGCUGAGCGAGGGUGGCUGCUGAUGGCGGCUUGUCUGAGUUCCUUCGCCCCGAGUGAAAAAAUGGCCAAAUAUCUUCUGAAGUUCGUAUCUGAUUAUGCGCUGAACGGAUUUAAAUCCGUAUGUCAGCACAAGCUGCUCCAAGCCAUGCAGAAGUGCCAGCCGGGACUCGAGGCGGCUCGGACUUACCCUCUGUCUCUCCUGGAGUGGACUGCCAACCGAAAAAAAGCCCACAUUGCCCUCCAAGUGCACUGCACUGAUGGAAUGUCUUUGCUGUGUCCAGUUCACUCCUGGACGAGUGGUGAGGAUCUGGGACGUGACGUUUUACUGCACAGGGGCGUGUCCUCAGAGAGCUGCUGUGGUUGGUCGAUCCUAAUGAAAGAGGUGGGGCAGUGGGUGGAGCUUGAAGGACAUGACUACGUGAUGGACCUGGUGUGUGAUCUCGAGCUGUUGCCAGGUUUCCCAAAACAGAAAAGCUACUUCAUCAUCUCCACACACGAUCCCACCAGAGUGAGGCAUAACGCCAGCAUAAGUCUUUUUGGCAGCGGAUUCAGUGACGAAGACGAAGCACCAGUGACCAACAGUCUGCCCAUGUCUGAUUAUCAUCACAGUCAGUCUCUGAGGGGAAUGGACCGUUACGUGGACAGCCUGUUUGACCCUGUACUGUCAGAUGGAACUGGGGAUAUGGACAUGUCCACUCUGUCUGGAAGAAUGAAAGGAGGUGGAGGUGUUGGUGCAGGUCAUGGUGAUGAUGUUCCUUCCACGGUCAGGGUUCCUUUCUCGGCAGCUCAGCAACCAGGAGCGGUGAGGGUUCUGCCAGCUGUUCCAGCUGUGGCCAGUGUCCCAGCUCAAGAUCCACAGACUCUGAUGGCGCAGCAGCAGCAAGCUUUCAUCAACCAGCAGGCUGUCAUUAUGGCUCAGCAGAUGACGAUGCAGGCCAUGGCCAUGGUGACGACGAGCCCCAUCUCCAGCCCUCCCACCAGUCCUCCUCCUACCCCCUACAUUCCCUACACCCCCCUCCCCCCCAGCCCGUACUCUGCGUUGCCCCCAAGCCCGUAUGCCAACUUUCUGCCCAGCCCCUACACACAAGUCACGCCUUCGUCCUAUACCGUUACCUCCAGCAUGACCUCGAACUCCGAAAUGAACCACCAGCUAAAGAUGACGUCCAGAAACGUCUCAGAACAGAGUAAAGAGCUGAAAGAAAGUUUGGAGAAGAAACAAAAUCCUCCUCCGGCAAAACUUACAGUAGACAAAAAGCCGGCCAAAAAACAUGCUCCUGGUACCGAAGUGGUGAAAUAUUCCGUCUCUAACUCGGAGCAUAUCGUUCCCAGCCACAACAUAAAGGACAUUAUAAAACAAUACCAAACUCCACCUGAUCCUCCUCCACACGAGAGCAGGAGAAGAGAAGGCAAAGUUUUUAUGAAAAAACUGAACCCACACGACGAGGCCUUACAGAUUUUGACGACUCAGGUGGACGCUCCUCCUCCCCCACCCCCUCCACAGAGAAGAGCUCCAGCUUCUGCAACUGGAUCUAAACAAACUGGUCUCAAACCAACACAGAGCACUAAAAAGAGGGCACCAGAACCACCGUUAAAAACACAACCAGUGUCCAGAGAUCUGCCCGUUGAAUCAGAAACCAUUCAGACAUCGCUCCACCUCAGCAGCGUGGACGAAUACUACACCUACACCAACGUCUCGUGGAAGCUCCACCUCAGGAAGGAGGUGUUUUACCCCAAGGACAGCUGGAACCAGCCCCUCGUGUUGGACCUCAUAUUUAAGCAGAUCGUUAACGACAUGUUCUCUGAGGCCUGCGUUCGCAUCACCAAGGAGGAGAGGCUGAAGAUGAAGGCGCUGUUUGCACAGCACAACAUUGAGCAGAAUGUAAAGGUUCAGGAUGAAGGUGUGAAGAAGGUCGUGGUCUCGGCGGCCCGUGAGUCGUGGGAGAUUUAUUUCUCACGUCUUUUCCCUGCGUCUGGCAGCGUGGGGACUGGAGUCCAGGUCUUGUCCGUGUCUCACUCCGGGAUCAAGCUCCUGAAAACGGUUCACAGCAGCUCCAGAGUUCCAGAUUACUUCAGAGUCCUGAGAUCAUACAGAUACACCGACAUCCUCUUCGUCACCAUCCCGUCUCCCAACAUGCUGGAGUUUAAUCUGAACAACGAGAAGCUCAUCCUCUUCUCAUCUAAAGCUCCACAGAUCAAGAACAUGGUGGAUCUCUUCAUCUCUCAGCUGAAGAAGGACUCAGAAUAUGCCGUAGCUGAGAGGAACUACAUCACUGACGAUCUCACUCUGCUCAGCUUCCAUAAAGGUGACAUCAUCCUCCUGCAAGCUAUGGACGGCCUACAGGAAGGCCAGUUGUACGGAUGUGUGGUGAAGAAGAAGGUCAUCUACCUGGAGGAGGUCGAGAGAGACGCGACAGACUUCGGCUGGAGGUUUGAGCCAGUGAUGAGUCGCAGCGCUGCGUUUCCCAAAGACUGCGUUGUUCCAGUUUCGGCUCCGGAAUUUCUCAGUCUGUCCUGGGACAAGCAAGACGUGUCGAGACCCAGCAGAAGUCAGGGUCAUUUUUUUGAUUCGGUGAAACCUGAAACAGACAGCAGUGUCUUUCCUGACGGUCAGUACACCAUGGUGGAAUUUGCCCGGAAAUACUUCAGGCAGUGGGGCAGGGGUAAAAGGUUCGAUGAGAGAUCCAAGAAAGAUGGAGGUGGUAGAGAUCCUGCAGAAAUGAUCAAAUUCAGCAAGAACCCCAUCCCAGAGUCUCUGAUCCAGUUCUCUGACACCAACAUGAACCGAGUCGCCUCAGAAAUGUUCCUGGCCAUAAUGAAGUUCAUGGGCGACCAUCCACUCCGAGGCCAGUCUGAACAUUUUGUCCUCUGCACCUUUUUAAAGUUGGUCGGCGAGCAUGGGCUGAUGAGAGAUGAAGCGUACUGUCAAGUCCUCAAACAGAUUACGGCUAACACCAGCUCCGCAGCAGACAGCUGUCAGAGAGGGUGGCGUCUGCUCUACAUCCUCACUGCUUACUCAUCCUGUUCUGAUGUCCUUCAUCCCUUCCUGCUUAAAUUCCUACAAGACGCGAGCACGAGCUCGGGAUCUCAGUUUCAGGGUAUCGCUAAAGUGUGUGAGCAGAACCUGAUGAAGACGAUACAGUGUGGAGGAAGGCGUGUGUGUCCCAGCAGCAUGGAGCUCAAAGCCAUAGUGGCUGGUCGAAGCUCGAAAAGGCAGCUAUUCCUGUUUCCUGGAGGAAUUGAGCGACAUCUAAAGAUUAAAACCUGCACUGUGGCUUCAGACGUCAUUGAGGAGUUGUGUUAUGAGUUGGCAUUACAAACGCUGGAGGCCAUGAAGGAGUACGCUGUAUUUAUAGUGACAAGGAGAGGUCAGAACGUGAGGCCACUGAAUAACAGGGAAUAUAUUUUAGACGUCAGCACAGAGGCUGAGAUGAUCGACAGCAGCUACAGCUUCUGGUUGAGACGUGUGAUCUGGGCUCAGGCGCUCAAGUUCGACAACGAGCUCAGCGUCACGGUUCAUUACAACCAAGUUCUCCCAGACUAUCUGAAGGGUUUACUGAUGGUUCUCCCCCCAGAUAAAGUCAGCGAGCAGCAGUUCAAUCAAAUCGCUAAAUUGGCGGCGCUGCAGCACAGAGCCAAGGAUGUUGUCGCUGCUCCCACAAUUCAUGAGCUGGGGGACUAUAUUCCAGCCCAGGUGUUUAGCAGACAAGGACCUCAGCAGUGGAUGCACCUGCUUACACAACACACACACGCAGUCCAGAGCCUCCGCCCUCAUCAUGCCAGAUCACAGUUCCUGGGAUUGGUGUGUGCAUUCCCCAUGUUUGGCUCAUCCUUCUUCUACAUCCUGAGUACUAACGACAGCACAAUCUCCACCCCCUGCAUCCUGGCUGUCAAUCAAAAUGGUCUCCACUUUCUGCACAAAGACACACACGAGGUUUUAGUGAAGAUUCCUUUAAAGCUUGUUCAGUCGGUGCGCACACAGCGACCCAGUGCAGGAAAGACUUCCCCUUAUGUGGACAUUGUGCUGGAGGACACGAGCAGCCACAGAACCACACAGCUACAGCUGGAACAGGGACUGGAGCUUUGUCGUGUGGUUGCCAUACACGUCGAAAAUCUGCUGCUGUGUCAAAAGAAAAGACUCACACUUCCUCCGAGUGAAAUCACACUCCUAUAACACGUGGCCAUUUCUGCCAUCCCAUAAUACCUGCACUCACUAUAGCAACGUGGUGCAGUACAACAGUAACAGCUCCAGUACAGAAGACUGAAGGUGAAUCUGAUUCCUUCAGAGCUGAAAAGAUCACAAGUGACUUGAUUAUUUUGAUGUACAGAACACAGACCUGUGAGAAUUUUGUAUAUGUGUAUAUACGCCAUUUUGUAGACGCCAUGUCUGCGAUUGUGACUGUGUGAUUCUUAUUGUGUUUACACACACACACACACACACACACACACACACACACACACACACACACAAAAUAAACAAUUCUUUUGGACACCUGGACAUUUAUAUGAACUUUUCUAAUGAAGGUGUC